AUGUCGACUCCGGCCGCAAACUUGGGAGACUUCCUUCGAGUAUUGAUGGCAGUGCAGGCUGUGAUCCUGACAUUGCAAGUCUCGCUCUCAGAUGUCGUCAAGCAGCAAAUUGUCGACGCGUACAAAACCGAUGCAUUCUGCCAGGAAGCCCUGAACAACAUCGCGUCGGUCACAUCGGAGUUCAAGAUUAUUGAUGCAUUGCUGUAUUUACGGGGCCGGCUUGUCAUUCCACUACUAGCCCCUGUCAGGAUGACAGCGCGUACUCGAAGGAAGCCCCCCAAGGCUAUGUGCGGGUAG